GGGAGAAGGAGUGAAACAGCAGGAGGAAAGAGAGAGAGAGAGAGUUUUGUUUCUUUUUUGUCGGUUUUUUUUCCACCUCGCUCUUUCCUGCGACUCUCCUGCACGCGCGCGUGUUCUAGGAAACCUAAGCACUCCGUUCCUGCGUUACGCGUGUGCGAAAGCUUGUGUGUGUGUGUUUUUCUGUGUGUGCCUGCCUGCCUGCGUCCGCGCGUGUGUGUGUGCACGGCUCAGAGGGGUUUUCCCUGCGAGGGGGGGAUGUGUCAGUAACAGACACACACACACACACACACAGACAGCACCACCACCACCAUGCCUCGGCUCAGGCUGACCGGAGUCUCUGUGCCUCUGCUGCUGCCCCUUCUCUGGUGCUGCCUUUGGGGAUCUCUUCUCCUCCUCUCCUUGCCUCCAGCCUCCAGCCAGGGCGCUGCCGCUCGAGGAGGAGGAGGCGCAGGAGCAGGAGGCGCAGCAGCUGCACGAGGAGCAUCGUCGGGGCGGACGGCCGAGCGGAUCAAGGUCCUCUUCACGCCGACCAUCUGCAAGGUGCGCUGCGUCGGGGGACGAUGCACCAACUUCUGCGAGCGCGGCAACAUCACCACCCUCUACAACAGCCAGCAGCCCGCGGCCGGACAUGGCUUCAGAGUCUUCCUGUGUCCCAUGCUGUGUCAGAAUGGGGGGGUCUGCAUCCAGAAGGACCGCUGUCUUUGCCCCCCCACCUUCACCGGAAAGUUCUGUCAGAUCCCCGUCCCGGGCUCCAGCAACGACAUCGAGAAGCCGGCCCCCGCUGGGUCCCCCGCCGCCGCCAACCCCCAGCAGCUCACGCAGUCCGAGUACAUCCUGCCCCUCCAGAGCCAACUGGCCGGACAGACCAACGGAGCGGGGAUGGUGAAGGUGCGCGUGCAGCACCCUCCGGAGGCCAGCGUGAAGAUCCACCAGGUGCUGAAGGUGGGCUACGGGCCCGUCGCCUCGUCCCAAGAGCGCUCCGAGACUGUCACCUGGUCGUCCUCGGGCACCUCGGGAGCUCGCAGGGGUCUGUUGCCAGGGGAACGGGCCGAGGCUCCUCCCCCUCAGGUGCGGGCGCAGACCAUCCGCGGCGACGCCACCUACACAGAGGCCUCCGGCUUCAAGUACUGCUUUAGGGAGGUCCGCAACGGACAGUGUAGCUCACCUCUGCCAGGCCUGAGGAGCCAGGAGACCUGUUGCCGUGGCAUCGGCAAGGCCUGGGGCAUCAACGAGUGCACCAUGUGCCCACCCAACUCAGGUAAUGGUGUGAACAGAGAUGGCGGUUGUCCAAUGGGCUUCGAGAGGAUCAACAACGGCACUCAGUGUGUUGAUGUGAACGAGUGUUCACAGCCGGGCUUCUGUGACAACGGAAACUGUGUGAACACGCGCGGGAGCUACAGUUGCGUCUGCAAGCCCGGAUACUUACUGGACGCUUCCCAUGGGCUCUGCGUCUCCCAGAACGUGAUCUCGGAGCAGAAGGACCAGUGCUACCGCGUGCUGGCGGCGGGCGCGUGCACGCUGCCCAUCCUGAAGAACAUCACCAAGCAGAUCUGCUGCUGCAGCCGCGUGGGCAAGGCCUGGGGCAGGAGGUGCGAGGCCUGCCCUUACUUCGGCUCAGCGGAAUUUAAGGAGAUCUGUCCAGCCGGGCCUGGCUACUACUACUCGGCCACCAACCUCAAGUUCAACCAGCGUCUGCUGGACCUCCACGGCACUGGAGGCCCACCCCUGGUCUCCCAGCCUUCCAGCUCCGCCACCAGCGGCUCCUCCUCCUCCUCCUCCUCAUCAUCAUCGUCAUCCUCAUCUUCUUCAUCAUCCACGGGAGCCCAGACUCCCCUCACGAGACUCCCGCAACAACCGAGCGGCUCUGGUGCCCAGUCGAGGCCAGCGUUGACCCCCCAGGGCGGCAGCGGCACUCUGCCCACCGGCCACUCCAGACCCCAGCAGCCGGCUAACGGGGGGGCCGGUGGAGCUGGAGCAGGUCAGGGGUCACGACCUUAUCAGCCGACUGGCGCCGGGGCCACUGGUACCGGUGCUGGUGCUGGUGCCGGUGCUGGGUCCAGGCCUCUGGUCAUCCCCAAUACUGGGUCCGUUACUCAGCAAAGCAGACCCCCACAACCCGGAGGCACAGGGUCACUUACUCCCCAGACUAGGCCUCAACAGCCUGGGGGUACGGGUUCUUUCACUCCCCAGACUAGGCCUCAACAGCCUGGGGGUACGGGUUCUCUCAUUCCCCAGACUAGGCCUCAACAGCCUGGGGGUACGGGUUCUCUCACCCCCCAGACUAGGCCUCAACAGCCUGGGGGUACGGGUUCUCUCAUCCCCCAGACUUGGCCUCAACAGCCUGGGAGUACGGGUUCUUUUACCCCCCAGACUAGGCCUGACACCAGGCCUCAGACUCCCACACGCACUCACUCUGGAGGAACAGCCACUGUCCUGCCGAACGGGGAUCGCUCGGUCACUCGACCUCAGACCAGCAGGACGCCAGUGGCCAGACCAGACACAUCAGGAGCCAGACCACUGCCUGUUCCAGUCACUCCCCGACCAGCAGCACCAAGGCCAGAUUCUCGAGGGUGUGAUUCCAGGCCGGGCGUUUGUGGAGCUGGACGCUGCGUUGACCAGCCCGGUGGACGGUACACGUGUGUGUGUGACCCGGGCUACCAGUACAACCCCGCCAGGCUGCAGUGCCAAGAUCUGAAUGAGUGUGUGUUGACACCUCGCCCCUGUGGCGCUGGGCAGUGUGUGAACACCGUGGGCAGCUUCCGCUGCUUGUGCCCAGCUGGUUACCGUGCCAACCCCCAGGAGAGCCUGUGCCAGGAGGUGGACGAGUGCCGACAGGUGCCCAACCCGUGCGUUAACGGCCGCUGUGAGAACACACCUGGAAGCUACAGGUGUUCAUGUUUCCUUGGAUACUCACUCCAUGGAGACACCUGCAAAGAUGUGGACGAGUGUGUGGACCCGCUGCUCUGUCCCGGCCAGGAGUGUGUGAACUCCCAGGGCUCAUUCAGAUGUGUGUCCUGCCGCCCCGGCUUCGGCCUGCUCAAUGGACAAUGCUCAGACAUUGAUGAGUGUCGUCAGACACCCAGCCCGUGUUCUAACGGUCGCUGUGAGAACACGCCAGGUAGCUUCAGGUGUGCUUGCCGCACGGGAUACAGGCUACAGGGCAACACCUGCACAGAUGUGAAUGAGUGUGAUAGCCCCGUGCAGUGCCCAGGACAGGAGUGUGUAAACACACCAGGCUCCUUCAGGUGCAUGUCCUGCAGACCGGGAUUCAAGAUACAGGGAGGGCAGUGCACAGAUGUUGAUGAGUGUGGUCAGAGCCCCAACCCCUGCUCUAAUGGUCGCUGUGAGAACACACCUGGGAGCUACAGGUGUGUGUGUCGCAGUGGCUACAGGCUACAGGGCAACACCUGCACAGAUGUGAAUGAGUGUGAGACCCCACAGCUGUGUCGUGGACAGGAGUGUGUGAACACCCCGGGAUCGUACCGCUGUGUGUCCUGCAGGACUGGCUAUGAGAUGCUGAAUGGACAAUGCUCAGAUGUGAAUGAGUGUAACAGAACUCCGACUCCGUGUGCUAACGGCGUGUGUGAGAACACACCUGGCAGCUACAGGUGUGUGUCCUGUCGGAAUGGCUACGAGCUGGUCAACGGACAGUGCUCAGAUCUGAAUGAGUGUAACCGAACUCCAUCUCCGUGCACUAAUGGUUUGUGUGAGAACACACUCGGCAGCUACAGGUGUGUGUCCUGCAGGACUGGCCAUGAGGUGGUCAACGGACAGUGCUCAGAUGUAAACGAGUGUAACAGGACUCCAUCGCCGUGUGCUAACGGUGUGUGUGAAAACACACCUGGCAGCUACAGGUGUGUGUCCUGCAGGACUGGCUAUGAGCUGGUCAACGGACAGUGCUCAGAUGUGAAUGAGUGUAACAGAACUCCAUCGCCGUGCGCUAACGGUGUGUGUGAGAACACACCUGGCAGCUACAGGUGUGCAUCCUGCCAGCCAGGCUAUGAGCUGGUGAAUGGGCAGUGCUCAGAUGUGAAUGAGUGUGUGCAUACACCAUCUCUCUGUGCUAACGGACGUUGUGAGAACACCGCGGGCAGCUUCAGGUGUGUGUGUCGCCCAGGAUUCCGUCUGGAGGGAGACACCUGUGCAGAUGUGGACGAGUGUGAGAACGCCCUGCAGUGUCCAGGUAGAGAGUGUGUGAACUCGGUGGGCUCCUUCAGGUGUGUGUCCUGCAGAUCCGGCUUCAGCCCACAGAACGGGCAGUGCCAAGACGUGGAUGAGUGCAGUCAGACUCCAGGCCUGUGCUCUAACGGUGUGUGUGAGAACACUGAGGGCAGCUACCAGUGCCGCUGUCCAACGGGCUUCACACUGCAAGGCAACGCAUGCAAAGACAUAGAUGAGUGUGACAGUCCACAGACCUGUGGAGAUGAGAGUGUGUGUGUGAACACAGACGGCUCGUAUCGCUGUGACUGCAAGCCAGGAUACAGGGCCUCAGGAGUGGGGCGGCAGUGCAGAGACAUUAAUGAGUGUUUGGAGGGAGACUAUUGCUUCCCACGGGGAGAGUGUGUGAACACUGAGGGAUCCUACAGGUGUGUGUGUGCUCUGGGGUACCGCACCAGCACGAACGGCAGCUCCUGUCUGGAUGAGGAUGAGUGUGCCAGGCCGGGCGUGUGUGAGGACGGUCGCUGUGUGAACACUGAGGGCUCCUUCCAGUGCCAGUGCCAGACAGGCUUCAGCACCAACCCCGAAAGCACCGCCUGUCUGGAUGUGGAUGAGUGUGUGGACUCUGGUGGGGCAGUGUGUGGCUCACAGCGCUGUGAGAACACCAUCGGCUCGUACCGCUGCUUCAGCUCCUGUGAGCCUGGCUAUAGGGCCACGGCCACAGGCCAGUGUGUGGACAUAAACGAGUGUGCCAACGAGACUGUGUGUGGGGAGCACGCCUUCUGCCAGAACCUGAUUGGCACCUACCACUGCAUGUGUGACCAGGGCUAUGAGAUCAGCGAGGAUGGCAAGAGCUGCAUGGAUGAGAAUGAGUGUGAGAAGAUGCAGGGUGUGUGUGGAGCUGCGCUCUGUGAGAACGUGGAGGGCUCCUUCCUGUGCGAGUGCCCCAACCCUGGAGAGGAGUACAACCCACACACACGCCAGUGUGUCGGAAGCACCAUGCCAGGUCGACCAUCGGUCCCCGACAGUUCCUCUUCGUCGUCCUCCUCCUCUUCCUCAUCCUCCUCCUCCUCCUCCUCGUCCACCUCCACCUCUGUCUGGGGUCCCCCUCCACGUGCGGGUGGUGCUGGUGCUGGUGCGGUGGGGUCCUUCUCGCUGGCGUCCGGCGAUGAGGUGCGUGCGUGCUACUUCAACAGCGAGGAGCGCGGGCCCUGUAACGUGCUGGCCCCCAACACCACCCAGCAGGAGUGCUGCUGCACCGCCGGACACAGCUGGGGCCCAGCCUGCCAGGCCAACCCCUGCCCUGAGCCCCGCACAGCUGAAUAUCAGGCUCUGUGCCCGAGUGGGAGAGGGUAUGUCACUACAAGGCCAGCCGACCAGAGUGCCUUCAGCUAUAGAGACGUGGACGAGUGCAAGCUGUUUGACUCAGAAGUGUGUAAGAACGGCAAGUGUGUGAACAACAUCCCAGGCUACUCUUGCUACUGCUCCAGCGGAUACUACUACCACAAUGGCAUCCUGGAGUGUGUAGAUAACGAUGAGUGUGUAGGGGAGGAGGACCCAUGUCCAGGGUCGAUCUGUGUGAACACGGUGGGCUCGUACCACUGCACCUGUGAGCCCCCUCUCGUGCUGGACGACACACAGACCACCUGUAUCAACGCCACUGGCCUGGCAGUCGAUGAGAACCUGGCGUUCUGCUGGCAGCAUGUAACUACUGACCUGGUGUGCCAGAGACCCCUGCUGGACAGUCAGAUGACCUUCACCGAGUGCUGCUGUCUGUACGGAGAGGCCUGGGGACUGCAAUGCGCCCUCUGCCCUGCCAGAGACUCCGAUGAGUUUGAGUCUCUGUGUAAUGUCCUGCGCCCCCCCUCCUACCCGGACCCCUACCCCGAUACGUACGGCCCCAGGCCCAUCCCCAGACCCGUGCCCAUCCCGGGCUCCCGGCUCCCCUACGGGCCCUACGGACCAGAACCCUACCCAGACCCGUCCCGCCGCCAGCCCGACUACGGCCCGCUGGACUACGACGACUACGGACCCGUGCCAGGGAGGAGGGGCGGGCUGAGGGAGAGGCCCCCAGGGUCCUACGGCCCCCCGGACACCCCCUACACACGCACUGGAACUGGCCGUUACUAUGACGAGGGCGCCUAUGACCCUCGCUACGCGUCUCCUGAGGGGGCCCCCAGACCGCCGUACGGGGGGGGGGACCCGCGGCGUGAGGGAGCGUUCGGGGUGCGCCUGCCCCCGCAGUCCAUCCCCGAGGGGCGUCCCCUCAGCCUGGCCCCACUGCCCGACAACUCGCCCUACCGCGACGAGGACGAGGAGGAGGAGGAGGAAGACACCUGGAGGCCGGGACCCCCCUUCCCUCCGUACGGGAGCCGGAGGGGUGCAGUGGAGCCCCCUCGGCGGGUUUACGAACGGCGCUACGAGUCGUAUGCGGGUUUGAGUGCAGAUGAGUGUGGGAUUGUCCACGGCUGUGAGAACGGCAGGUGCAUCCGCAUCACCGAGGGCUACACGUGUGACUGCUACGAUGGCUUCGAGCUCGACAUGACAACUAUGGCUUGCAUAGAUAUAAAUGAGUGUGACGAGGCGGACACUCCCGACUGUGUGAACGGGGUGUGUGUGAACACGGAGGGCUCGUACCGCUGCGAGUGUUUGAGGGGUUUCACCAUAUCCCAUCAGGCCAACGUCUGCGUCCCUGCUUAGACCCUCCCGCCCUCCAGUAUCCCACAAUCCCACGCUCCCACUCCGAGGGCCAGGGAUCCAAGGGAACCCCUUAUGACAUCAUUUACUGACACUGGGGAGCGUGUGAGAGAGAAUGGUUGUGUUUCUUCAUGCGUUUAAUUUUCUGUCUGUGUUCUGUCUGUUGGUGUGUGGUGUGUGUGUGUGUGUGUGUGUGUGUGUGUGUGUGUGUGUGUGUCUGUUGGUGUGUGUGUGUGUGUGUGUGUGUGUGUGUGUGUGUGUGUGUGUGUGUUUCUAUGUUUGUGUGUUCACUUCUGUGUGUGUGUGUGUGUGUGAGCAAGAGAGAGUGAGAGAGAGAGAGAGAGAGAGAGAGAGAGAGUGUAUGUGUGUGUGUGUGUGUGUGUGUGCUAGUAUGUAUGUGCAUAUCCAUGUAUGAGGAUGCACAAUAUAAAUACUCUCAGCAGUGGUGUGUGGGUGAGACGUGGCCCACUUCUGGUUGAGUUCUACUCCAAACUCCCCUGCUGCCCGUCAGCCUGGGAUCUAAGGGCCUGACUGAUCCACUCUGACAUCACUUCCUCUUAAUCCCAAAUCUGUAGCACCAAACUCUGACAUCACUUCCUCUUAAUCCCAAAUCUGUAACACCAGACUCUGUUAUCACUUCCCUUUCAAUCCUAAAUUUCAGUCAGUAAUGUCAGACUCUGACAUCACAUCCAUUUGCCAUACAUCUGUGACAUCAGACUCUACCACUUCUAUCUCUGUCUGUGCAUGUUAGCCAAUCAAUAUCUCAGUGUAGCGUAGCUCUCUAACCCCCCCUCCCUCGGCUCUCGCCUCUGAACUGGGCAGCCCUGAGAAUCUGGACACCCCGUCUCUGCCCUACCCCCAACACACACACACACACACACACACACACACACACACACACACACGAACACACACACACACACACGAACACAGGCACACACAUAUAUGCGUCACUGGGGUGGAAAUAAGCAACUGGGCUGAAGCUCUGCAAAACAAAACCCCUCUCCAUCUCUCUCCACCCCCCCCCCCAGCGGAUCAAUUCUGUGAUUAUCAGUGCAGAUUGGGGUGCCCUGGGGUUGCCGUGAUCUUAAUCCAAUUGCCGAAUGCCACAGCUGUGUGUUCGUUAGCGAAACACAGAACAGCCCAAGUGACGUCCGUGAGAAUCUGGCAUCCCACUGACAGCACCACCAGGCCGAAGCCGAGGGAAGGGAAGUGAGAAUGGCUGAGGAACGCUCUGUUUAGAGUGUGCAUUCUGUAGGCAAGUCACUGCUAGCUUUGAAGACAGUAACCAAAAUAUAUAUUCAUCCACUUUGCAGGGGGAAUCUGCUUUCAUGGGAAGGACUCUUGUUAGUAGCAACGAUAAUGAUAACGAUGGUGGUGAUGAUUACCAUGACGAUGAUGACAAACAAAAUCACAUGAAGUUGGCUUUCUGUUCAAGAGUUUUUUUUUUUUAUCUUUGUUUUAUUUAUGCUUCCUGAUUAAUGAUGCGUUACCUCUGUGAAUAAGAAUAAGAAUGUUCAACACAAAUGUCUGAAUGUGCCAACCAAUCAAAAGGCUUCUUUCACAACCCAGACUAUCAAACCCUGUUAUUGUGUGAGAGUCAGGGGGCCUGUUGGCAUUCACUAUAACUUUACUAUAAAAUCGUCUGGGGAUUAUUGAUUAUGUUCUCUCACGUUUCUAUGCAGUUGACGUAAUAUCACAGUGAACUCAGCGUAUAAACUCACUCAGUCACAACAAAGUCAUACCGCAAGGACAUUGUCGUUUUAUUCAAAACAUAGUAGAGGAGUACAGCAUUAGAAGACUACGAGAAGAUUUGGUAUUUCGUUCCAAACAUAGUUGAGGAGUGCACCAUGAGAAUGUUCAUCGUCAGAAUGUUUCGAUUUCAUUCCAAAUGUAACCGCGAACACCAUGAGAACGUUUCCGUUUGAUUCUCAUGUCUGAACUGAUAAAGGGCCGUUCUCCAGCUGAACUGUCCUCAGAUGAAACAUCUCCUAGCGUCUGAAAUGUAACUCUAUGCACUGUAUUUUAUUUUAUUUUAUUUUAAUCUAUUUUUAUUUGUUGGAGAUGGUAACUCUGUGUGAUAGCUCACAUGGCAGGUAUUAAUGUACUUCUUUUUUAAAAAAAAAAAACAGUGUUUCUGAUGUUCUUUGUGUUUUUCUGUUGAAUGUUUUAUAUACAGUUGUCUCCUGCCCUUGUUAUCCAAAAUGUCUCUAUGUAAGAUCUGUCUUUACGUGUUUUUUAAUAUAAUUGCACACAUUCCAUAUA